AUAUUUCGUUAACAUAUCAAAGCAUAUUCAAGUUAUUUAAAUAAAUUGUUACUAUUAUCCUAUCUUUAAGUAUAUUUUUCCUUAAAUUUCAAAACGGAAACUGAGGGACUAUUUCUCGUUAGCGUAGAGUGGAAAAGUAAAUUGCAGUGCGCAGACGAACUGACGCACGGUGAUUGUUGUGACAGAAGUAGAGAAGAGUAUCAUCGUAUCGUCGUAUUUCCAGUUCGGAAUCAUUGUACAAAUCGAUAAGAAAAAGAAUUUGGUAGCUAAAGAGAAAAAGUAAGUCCAUUAAAUUGCACGGCUCGUGCAAACGCGCGGGCACGAUGAAGUUUCAUUACAAAGAAAAACACUCUUUCGAAAGGAGGAAGGUCGAGGGUGAAAAGAUUCGACGAAAAUAUCCCGAAAGGGUUCCUGUAAUUGUUGAGAAGGCUCCAAAAGCAAAAAUUAGUGAUUUGGAUAAACAAAAAUAUCUAGUACCAUCUGAUUUGACUGUGGGACAAUUCUAUUUUUUAAUCCGUAAACGAAUUCACCUUCGUCCAGAAGAUGCUCUAUUCUUUUUUGUGAACAACAUUAUUCCUCCAACAAGUGCUACAAUGGGUUCUCUUUAUGCAGAACAUCAUGAAGAAGACUUCUUCCUCUACAUAGCAUACAGCGAUGAGAAUGUGUAUGGACACUAAAUUACACAAAAAUAAAAAAAAAACAUCCGAACAAAAGAGCAGACAACAAAAAUUUGCCAUCAAUAACAACGUAGUCCUUUUAGAAGCUUUUGGAAGUGUUAACAAAAUUACAUCUUUCAAUUAUUUGAGUGAAAUUUUAAAUUUUAGCAUCAUAAACUAAUUUUAACUUUGCUUCCUUAAGAUAAAUUGGACACGUUCGUCUGCCAAAUAUACGAACGUUGUAUUUUUGAUUCCGUCACUCACCGCUAAUCGGCGAAAGCUUAGGGAAUCAGAAUGUAAGAAUCAGAGCUAUGAUUUCUUUAUCAUAUCUAGCCUCAUAUUAUAAAAUUGAAAAAGCGAUGGAAGAAAAAUUUUCUUCAUGUUAAAAAAAAAUAAUUAAUUAAUUCACAAUUAUUACAAAUAUAUUUACACGCAUUAACGAUAAUUUAAAAGUUACUAAUAUCUAGAAUGGUCUUAUGAUAAAUUUAUAACUCUGUGUAGAUGUUUUAUGUGAUAUAAUUUUCUUUUAUUUAGGCUAGUAUUAUUCUAUUCACAUGAUUCAAUAUUAUUUGAUCAUAACAAAAUGGAAAGAACUUGCUGAAAAUAUGGUGAGGUAAAAAUUUGUUGUAACGGCUGGAUGUGGGCCAAUAAAAAAA